AUGCCCAUUUUUUCCAUCAAAAAAAAGAAAAGCUUUUCUCCGCAAAAAUCGCGUGGAGGAUCUAUUUAUGAUUCUACUCCUUCUUCACCUGAAGAUGCAUAUAGAACCCAAAACGCAUCGACAUAUAGAAAUUCUUUGCCUCAAUCUAGUUUGAAAUCUGCUAAUCCAAGAAAGUCUGUAAAAAAAUCAUCGACUCGGCUGAAGCCAUUUCAAUGUCAGCUUGCCCAUGGGAGUCCUACUGGUCUUGUUUCGGAUUUUACUAAUAUUCGAGAACUUUACCAGAAAAUAGCGGAUUGUUUCGAUAUUGAGCCUUCGGAUACAACCGUCCGACUUUUAGCCGCAUUCUUCACCUGCUCAAAUCAAUGUUGCGUCCAUUCUGACAUCCAAACUUUAAGCAUUCUUGAUUUCCUUCUUCAUCCUCAGAUUUUAUUCUGCACUCUCAACACUCACAAACUGGACAUGGAUCGUCUUUUAUGCGGCCAGUUGGCGGUUGAUGACUUCAUUUUCGCCCAUCUGAAGGGCCAACGUAAAGAGUACACGCUUUUAAAGAAUGAAGAGGCCUUAGGCUUGACGAUCACCGACAAUGGGGCCGGUUACGCCUUCAUCAAACGCAUCCGCAACGACAGUUCCUUCGCCAUGUCGGUCACCGCUGCCGGCGGCUUCCUCGACGCCGGAGAUCACAUCGAGCGCGUGAACAACGUGAAUCUCGUCGGCAAGCGGCACUUCGAAGUGGCCGCAUUCAUCCGCUCUCUGCCGGUCGGCAACCCGUUCGUGAUCCGCCUCGUCUCGCCGGAGAAGUCGCCAUUGGGUAAGUAA